AUGGCGCUGCUCCGGGCAGCCGCGCUGCCCACCGAGGGCUGCCCGGCCUGGCUGCCCACGCACGUCCAGGUGACGGUGGUGCGGGCCCGCGGGCUGCGCUGCAAGGGCGGCGGCGGCGGCAAAGGCAAAGCGGGCGGCAGCGACGCGUACACCGUGAUCCAGCUGGGCCGCGAGAAGUACAGCACGUCGGUGGCCGAGAAGAGCGGCGGCAGCCCCGAGUGGAGGGAGGAAUGUGCCUUCGAGCUGCCCCCCGAGCCCGGGGCCUGCGCCGGGCUGGUGCUCACCGUGAUGCACCGGGCGCUCGUGGGCAUGGACCGGUUCCUGGGCCAGGCCCUGGUGUCGCUGGAGCCCGGCCGGCAGCGCGGCCGCGAGCCCGACGAGCGGUGGCACAAGCUGCACUCCAAGGCUGGGAAGAAGGAGAAGGAGCGUGGUGAGAUCCUGGUGAGCAUCCAGUUCACACGGAACAACCUGACUGCCAGCAUGUUCGACCUGUCCAUGAAGGACAAGCCACGCUCACCCUUUGGGAAACUGAAGGACAAAGUGACAGGCAAAAAGAAAUACGAGCUGGAGUCAGCCUCUGCCAUCAUCCCCAGCAGCAUGGGAGCCCUGGAUGUGGAGGAUGACUUCGAGCUCGGGGGCAAAAAGUCCAAGGUCAAGGGUUUCUUCCUGAAGAGCAAACUGCGUAAAUCAUCCCUGAGCCAGUCCAACACCUCGCUGGGCUCUGACAGCACCAUCUCCUCUGCCAGCCUGAGCCUGGCAGCCCCUGAGGCCACCAAAUCCCCCAGCAGACAUGGCAGUCUGUCCACUGAGCGUUCUGUGAAAGACCUGCUGGCCUCGCCGAAGCUGAGCCACAAGAGAGCCUUCAGUGACGACGUGUCCCAGCUGAGCCCGGAGCCCAGAGCUCCCCAGAGCCCCAGGGCCAAGCAGGACCCCGUGUCCCGCUCCUCACUGUGCAUCAACGGCAGCCACGUGUACGGGGAGGAUGCAGCCCCGAGGGGCGGCCCUGCCUCUGCCCCCCUGGCCCUGCCCCGCAGGCAGGACGAGCCUUUGGGCUUCACCCCCCUGCACUCCGAGCCCCAGGACGUGCCCUGGGGGCUGGGCAGCCUGGAGAGGGCUCAGCAGAGGGAUGAGCCCAGGUUCAUCCCAUCCCCUCCCAGCCUGGCCCUGCAGGAAGAGCUCAAGGUGUCCACCAAGGCCGUGACCCUCAGCAACCACCUGGGCAGGGCCAGGAUGGAGGAGAGCAAAGCCAGCCAGGCCGCAGCUCCUCUGGGCUUCCCCACGGAGCCGGCCAAGGACAGAGCAGCUGAGGACGGCAGGAAGGAGGACAAGAAAGCCAAGGGAGGCUUCUUCCACCACGGGGGCAGCAGGAGCGACGUGGGGAGCAAAGGCCAGGGGGACAGAGGGACCCCCGUCCACAGCUCGGCCGCAGGGGAGGACAGGAGUAAGAGCAGCGGCUGGUUUGGGUCCAAGGAGCCCAAAGAGUCCCCUCAGAAACCCAGCCCCCACCCCGUGAAGCCCCUGAGCGCAGUGCAGGAGGGCUCCAGCGACAGGAAGCAGCAGCAGCCCAGGGCCAGCCUGGGCUCAGCCCUCACCAAUGGCCUGGAGAGGCUGAAGACAGCGACCACGAGCAGCGUCCAGCCCCUGCUCCCGGCCACCCACCUGGACAAAAGCGAGCCCAAGGAGCCUGCCCAGCCUGACCAGGCAGCCAGGUAUUACCACCUGACCCACGACGAGCUGAUCCAGCUGCUGCUGCAGAAGGAGGGCGAGCUGAGCAAGAAGGAGGAGCACAUCCAGGAGCUGGAGAACUACAUCGACCAGCUGCUGGUGCGCAUCAUGGAGCAGUCCCCCACGCUGCUGCAGAUCCCUCUGGGAGGGGGCCAGGCCCCCUGAGCCUGCCCAGGCCCCCUGAGAAUCGUGAGCAGCAGAGCUGUGCCCCAGUAACCACGCUGCCAACACCCCUGCACCCCCUGCUCUCACCCCAGGCUCCAGUGGCUCCUCCUGUCGCCAGAGUUAGCACGAAGGGCUCCUAACUCUGCUCACCCCAGCCCAAGCUUAGCCCAGCUCGGGGCAGCUGCAGGGUGAAGGGCUGCCAGCACCCUCUGGGGAGGAGCAGAGCCCUCCCCACCAGGCAGUGCCACCCUAGGCUCCCGUGCUGUGACCAAGUGCCACCCCCUGGGCCAUCACUCCUGCCAGAGCUUUAAUGACCCAUGGACAUGUGAGAGCUGGAAACCAUCUCCCCGUGAGUGACUUCAUCCUGCUGCUGCUGCUGCUCUGCCCACACUCCUCCUCCUCUGUCCCCUGGCUGCUGGAUGGUGUUGCACUGGUGGGUGACACUGGGGACAC